AUGUCAGACUCUGGGGAAGAGGGCCCCGGCGGCAAACGCCAGGGAAGCACCAGGGACAAGAGUCCUCCGGCGAGCAUCGACUGGGAGGACGAGGAGGUAGCCGAGCCGAGGGACACGCUUGAGGAUUUGGUGGCCCACUCUCCGGAAAAAGGGAGCAACCUGACGGAGAGGAACACGGUUCAGGACUCGGUGGACCAUUCUUCCGGAAAAGGAAGCGCUGUAACGGCAAGGAACACAGUCCAGGAUUCGAUAGACCAGUCUUCGGGGAAAAGUAGCACCUCAAGGGAGAGGAGCACUGUCCAGGAUUCGGUGGACCAUUCGUCGGGAAAAGGCAGAACUUUAAAGCCACGGAACACACCAUAUCCGGGUCAGGAUUUGGUUGACCAUUCUUCGGAAAGAAGCAGCGCCUCAAAAGGGACGCCAAGAAGCACGGUUCCGGAUUCGGUAGACCACUCUUCCGGAAAAAGUAGCACCUCAAGGGAGAGGACGACGGUUGAGGACUCGGUGGACCAUUCUUCCGGAAAAGCAAGCACCGUGAGAAGCACAGUCCAGGACUCCGUGGACUAUUUCGGGGGGAAAAGUAACGCAGUGACGCCGAGAAAUACAGCGCAGGAUUCCAUCGACUAUUCGCCAAAAAAAGGGAGCGCCGUGACGCCGAGGAACACGAUCCAGGAUUCUAUCACCUAUACGCCCAGAAAAGGAAGCAUACUUAAGACUCCCGAGGAUGACAACCGCACCAUUCCAUCAUCCGAGAACAGCAGUCCCGAUAGACUGAGCUUGGGAGACUUGCCAGGCCCCCGAACGACCAUUGCCUCGAAUGUGGAAUCGGGAACGGCGUCGGAUGACUCUGGGCAAGACAGCAGGAAACCCAGCCGCGAUGAGGACAUUCGCUCCACGAGCAAGAGCCGGCGAUUGGAGUACUUUCGCAGUGGCGCCGAUGCCGAUUGCCAGGUGCAUGUCCUGAGCACCUGCCCCGCACCCGACGAUCCGGUGGCCAGUGUGUGCUACAAGAAGUUCGGGUGCCACCGGUUAUUCCUGGCCACCGCCUCGGACAAACUGGAGCAGGAUGUGUACCAGAACAAGCAGUGGAAUGGAGUACUCCAGAUCAAUGGGGUUUCGCCCGAGAGCGUGGAGAUCUUCCUGGAGUUCAUAUACACCUUCGAGGUGACCUCGCCGCUGGUUCAGCUGAAUCUGGUGGGGGAUAUAUUCAUCCUGUCCUGCGCCUACAACAUGCCUGAGCUCCUGCGGUCCUUUUCCGAGAAGCUAAAGCAACUGGAUUGGCCACUGGAUGGGAUCUUCCCUGCUUUUGACCUGGCUUUCCGACACAACCUCACUGAGCUGGAGAGGAUUUGCAUGGAGAAAAUAAUGGAGAAAGGCGAGGUUUUGACCAGAGAACGUGGUCUCAUGGAUCUGCAAAUUUACGCCCUGAACUAUGUGAUCCAGCACUGGUUGGUGGCGGAACUGGUGUCCCAGGAUGAGCUCAUCAACAUAUUGAAGCAGUACCAGGAGGUCAACGAGAUAACCUUUGCGAACACCCAGAAAUUCCCGCAUUUUACCAAGAUAAUCAAGUACUUUCCCAGUGUCCUUUUGGAUGCCGAAGGGUUUAUAAGCCAGUACUAAGAAAAAUACUCUGUUUCUUGGUAAUUAUAGAAACUUUUUGAAAGAGAUGUAUUUCAAUAAAAAAUACCAGUGUCUCCUUU